UAUAGACCCUCAUUAUGAAUCUCUCCGGCCCCGCUUUCGAUCAAUCUGGAUUGGUUUCGCGGCUGUUGAGCAUGAGGCUAAUGUAUUAGGAGAGCGGGAGCCUGCGGGUUAUAAAAACCCAAAGCAUUUUUCGAGCAUAUUUGCAAACUGCUCAUAUGAUGCGCGCGCGUGUCUUUGCCAUCAUUUUGGAUCCCCUCCGGCCCAACUUUACCGUUAGCGGAAGAGCCUUUACCACGUCUUGUCGUUAUGGAGCGUUCCGACAUCACUUUUACACACCAUUGGUUCCUAGGAGAAACAUAUCUACAACCAGAAUCACAAUGUCAGAUACAAUGAAAGCGCUCGUGUUCUCUGCCAAAGGUCAGCCUACGCUGCAGGAUCGUCCGCAACCAGCGAUUCUCAAGGCCACCGAUGCUAUCGUCAAGAUGGUCAAAACGACCAUUUGCGGUACGGACUUGCACAUUCUUAAAGGCGACGUCGCUACGUGCGAUACCGGACGGAUCCUAGGUCACGAAGGUGUUGCCGUCGUGCAAUCCGUCGGAGACGGCGUUGCGAGAUUCAAACCAGGCGACAAUGUCAUCGUUUCCUGCAUCACCUCUUGCUCUAGCUGCGAGUACUGCCGCAAGGGUAUGCCUUCUCACUGCAUCGACGGUGGAUGGAUUCUGGGGAAUACUAUCGAUGGCACUCAAGCCGAGUUCGUCCGUAUCCCCUACGCCGACGGCAGCUUGCAUCCCAUGGUCAAAAGCGCUACUGCGGAGGAGCAGGUGAUGAUUAGUGACGUCUUGCCGACAGGAUUCGAAUGUGGCGUUCUCAACGGAAAGGUGGCCCCAGGAAACUCUGUCGCCAUUGUUGGUGGCGGCCCAGUUGGUCUUGGUGCGAUGAUCACCUCGAAAUUAUACUCCCCUUCACAAAUUAUCAUGAUCGACCUCGAUGCUAACCGAAUCGAGAUGGCCAAGACUUUGGGUGCCACCCACGGUAUUGUUUCCGCCCAAGGCACAGAUGUUGUUGGAGCCGUCAUGGGUCUGACAGGAGGCAAGGGUGUCGACACCGUCAUCGAAGCCGUCGGUGUUCCUGCAACGUUUGAGCUCUGCCAGGAGAUUGUCGCCCCAGGAGGAACCAUAGCGAACCUCGGCGUUCAUGGAUGCAAGGUAGAUCUGCACCUGGAGAAAUUGUGGGAUAGAAAUAUCACUAUCACUACACGUCUCGUGGAUGCUUCUACUUCGCCUAUGCUCAUCAAGCUUGUCGACGCGGGAACGCUCAAGACCGCUGGAUUGGUAACGCACACGUACAAGUUCUCGGAGAUGGCUAAAGCCUACGACACGUUCGGGGCGGCAGCGAAGAAUAAUGCUUUGAAGGUCAUAAUCAACUUUUAGCUUGUUGGUAUGUCCAAAUACGGCCCGAUAACAGAAAGACCUGUACUUUUAAUCAAUACCAUGAUAUUUCCUGUACCUAGC